AAAAAUAGAAAAUUUCAAUAUGGUGGCCAAAAAAUAUUUUGACAGGAUUUUCGCAUUUGGUGACCAAUUCUAAUCAUCAAGAGAAUUCGAACUGAAGUUUACUCCCAGGAGGAAUUUGAUUAUUCUGGACAAGAUCUAGAAGUCUGAUUUGAUUCUGAUUGUGUGAAUUGUUGUCAGUCAUAAUUUGUUAUUCUUUGGUAAUGCUAUUUUUUAGUGAAUGGAUAUUUUUUGCUCCACCAUUGACUGGUAAUGAUCGUAUUAUUCUGGAUUUCCUUCCUGACCAUCAGAAGAAUAAAUAGGGAACCAAUUGUUGUCUGGAAUUGGUGUAAAAAUUCUGCGAGCGCAUCCUACCUAUUGGUAUCGAGGACGAUGGGGGCGUGUGUUUGUAAAGAUAAAAAUGAUACAGAAAGACUUGAUGGGGGAUUACCGCGUCACCAUCACCAUGAUGUGCAGUCCCAAGUUGGCACCAGGCCUGGUCACAUGAGUAGAAGCCAUGUGAGCACCCAGACUGUGGAGGUAUCGCCAAGGGACCGGGCAGUUCUAGCCAGAAAGAGACCAACGUCAGAAGUGGACGAACUUGUCUUGGAAACGUUGGGUCUGAUCAGGACACUUGUGGACAAUGACCAAGAGCCUCCUGAAGCCAUGCUUACCCUGCAUAGAAUAGCUGAGAGAGAGUCGGGUUGGCUGGCCGUGGUGAAGUCUCUCAUUCGCAUCAUUCCUCACGAUGACCCACUUGGACCAGCUGUUAUCAUUCUGCUGUUGGACGACUGCCCGUUACCCAGCAAGGAAUCUAUAGCGAAGUUGUGUUCAAAUCUCAGGCUGAACUAUCAAGCAUCGAUAAAUGCCAGAGAACAUCCUCAGAAACAUAGGAAUAUUUGUGUGGUGCUUGGUUGUCUUGCUGAAAAACUUGCUGGACCAAUCAGUGUUCAUCUCUUGACAAAAGAUGUACUAGACUACCUCUUUGGGAACAUGAAUAGCUUAUGUAAUGAGUGUGUGACUUUGCACUCGCUCAUCGCCCUGGAGAAGUUUUCGCAAACAAGUGAGAAUAAGGUGACAAUUUCGAAAAAGCUGAAUGAAAUUGAACCCAACCUGUUAGAAUUCUUCGAAGAUUGGUGCAAUCACUCGUCAUAUACAAAACGAGAGGUCGGCUUCUGCGCAAGAUGGUGCUUGGAUAAUUUAUAUGUGCGAGAAGGUCGGCCGUUUUCCUACGAGAGAGUGAACAAGUCGAUAGUGAAUGUGAUGCUGAAUGACAACGAUGUCAGUGAAUAUCUCAAGUUGUCUCCUAACGGCUUGGAGGCAAGAUGUGAUGCAUCAUCCUUUGAGAGUGUACGAUGUACUUUUCAAGUUGAAAGUGGUGUCUGGUACUACGAGGUGAAGAUAAUCACGUCAGGAGUCAUGCAGAUAGGCUUUGCUACAAAACAUAGUAAAUUCCUCAACUAUGAGGGUUAUGGCAUCGGGGAUGAUGAAUUCAGCAUAGCGUACGAUGGCUGCCGCCAGCUGAUCUGGCACAAUGCGCACAGUGAGGCACAUUUGCAUCCUUGUUGGAAACCAGGUGAUAUUCUUGGCCUUCUCCUUGACGUGGACGGUGAAAAGAUUGUGUUCUCACUCAAUGGAAAAUCUCUCGCUCCAAAUGGAAAACUCUUCAAAAAUGCAAAAUCAGGAUUCUUUGCCGCAGCCAGUUUCAUGUCAUUCCAACAGUGUGAAUUCAACUUUGGCCUAUACCCGUUUGCCUCCCCCCCAGCCAGAAAGUUCAGCACCUUCAACGAACAUGGCUAUCUCUCUGACGAACAGAAAGUGAUCCUGCCAAGGCACAAGAAGCUGGCCCUUCUCCGGGCAGUUAGUGUGAAGGAGGACUCUUGUACUCUGUGUUUUGAUAACCGAGCAACUGUGAUAUUACAACCCUGUGCUCACACGGGCUUCUGCAUGACCUGUGCCUUACAGCUGGAAAACUGUCCUUUAUGCCGCGAGGUAAUCACUGGGAGAACGGAGGCAUCUUAGCAGCAGGAUUCUUGUCGCAGAGACAAUUGGACAGCUGACUUCACUGCUGGAUGAUAUUUGAAGGGAGACUAUAGGCAGGAGCUAGGGGACCAAUUGAUGGUUUAGAGACACCUAUUGGCAGCGUUGUGUAGCUUAUUCCGGCCUGUCUCUAUCCUUCCUAUUAACUCCCUUUAAGCCUAGCCUCACAUCUUGACCAGUGUCAAGUACAUGCCCAAUAUGUUACGCAGUCUGUCUUAAUUGAAACCGUAAGAGAUGUGAUAUUUUGUUUAAAUGUCUAUAUUGUAGCGACGAAAAUAUUUUCUCAAUUCUUAGAUACCUGUAGCUAGGCAUCGGCUCAGAAUUGUUUACAACGAAGGGGCUUGGUGGCUUUCACAUAUUAGUGUUGUAGAUAAACAUGCCUAUUUUGCACUACGAUCAUGAUUGCUAUUGUAGAUAUGGUAUAAAACCUGAAUACGCUCAUGGGUUGUUGUUUUUGUUGAUUCGUAAGUCUCCCCUCCCCCAAUUCCCCCCCAAUGAGGAACCUGCCAAUAGGGGGCCCUGCAGGCAAGUGGACCAUGGUUGUGAUGAGAAAGCCAUUUCCCGGGUAAAUGAAUAUUGAAUAUUCUCUACAUGGGGGAAUAGCACCAAAAAUAUUGUUUUAUUGGUCCUUAAUUCUAUUUUGAUGAGUUUUAGGGAGAAAAUCAACAAAACUUAAUUUUAAUGGAAAAUGCACUGGAAGUGUACCUUUAAGUACUGGUGCUGCCAUCUAGAUUUUAAGUUCUGCAGGUUCGUCAAUUUUUUAGUGUAAUAUUGAUGGGUAGAUUGCUUACUGUCUUAUAAUUACAGAAAUCAUUGUGGCCAUCUUGUUUUUUUAAAUCGCUACUUUGGCGUACCAUGGUGAAAAAUGCAAAUUUAAAAGGGACACAAACCUUUCUGGGUUUACUGAAGAAGCUGGCCUAUCAUCAGUGAAAUAAAGCAGCCAAUGAAAAUGUUCAGGUUUUUGGUUUUGACACCUAGUCUGUGGGCCGAUAUAAUUCAAGGCCAGGGAAAACCUUGCUUGUUGUGUUCAUCUAAUGUUGAUACUUGUACAAAAAAAGUAGUAAUUUAUUGUUUGUGAAGUGAUGAAGGUAAAUAUGAAUACAGUCCUGAUCAGUGAGCAGGAGCAGCUCUGGACUAAACGCCCUGAAAGUCCUUAUAAAGGUAAAUAUAAAUACACUGUACAGACCAGAUCAGGGAGCAGAAGCCGCUCUGGCCUUGUUGCUUUGGCUCUCAGCUAGCAGUUUAGGGGCUGCUGGUUCUAACCUUAUUGUCAGUGUGAGACGCUAGGCAGGGUGUCUUUGUCUAACUUGCCAAACUCCACCCAUUUGUAUAAAUGGGUGCCGGUCAGAAACGCUCAAGUUAAACAUUGAUAUGCAGCUCAUCCGAGUUCUACUGAAAUGUUUCAGUAUAGAGUUAAAGUGGGAAGUUGACAACAAAGUGUGCCAGAGUCGAUAUGUCGUAGUUGAUGUCACCAUGCUGCACGUUACUAUAGGGACAAAUGCCACAUGGAUGAGUGACGUACCUUUGACCACCUCGAUGGCAGAUCAUUCUGGUAUGGUGUCCUCUGCAGGCUCUUUUUAUUGUCUGUGGUUAUGUAUAAUUGACUGAAUCUAAGGUGCCAAACAAGACUAAAUUUAUGCUUGCAGUCUUUCAUUUCGUGCAAUAAAAAUUGAUUUACUGUAAGUUUGUGUAGUUUUGGGGGUAGUGGAUUGCCAUUGCAAAUUGGAGACUAAAGAUGAAUACUUCUUGUUCACAGAGGUAAAAUCUCAGAUGUUGACUUAAAGGGACUAUAUAGGCAGCAGCUGGGUAGGCAAGAUACAGUUACAUGAAGGCGCCAAUAGGGGUCUCUCCCAUCUCACAGUAAGUGAAAACUAUUCACACAUGUACGAGGAUAAAUGAAUCAAACAUGACCCAGUGCCCUUACUGUGAUGAUGGCCAAAUCAACCCCCCUGCUCCUGCCUAUAUUCCCCCUUUAAAAUAGUUUAGCCAAUGAGGGGAGAUUUCUUGGGGGAUUGAGAAAAGCAUACAUCUGAAUUUUAUCAUAGACACAAUGUAUAUUUGUAAUAAUGACACCAUCUUGUUGAAGUGGACCUUAUUUAUUUGUUUUUCAUGUUAAUGGCCAUCCAUCUUUGACACUGUUAAUGAUUUGGUGGAAGAAAGUUAUUUUGUAAAUGAUCAUGCUUGAUGAUGAAAUCAGUUCAUUAGUACAGUAGUGAAUUAAAUUGUUCCUUUUUGCCAA